CCCUCUAUAUAUAAUACAAUAUACAUGUGUGUGUGUAUACAUGUAUAAUUAUAUCAUCCACAACUACCUUCUUCAUGAACUCUCAUCCUUCUUGUUCAGAAACUUUCACCUUUGGAAACACACAAAUGGAUGAUGGUGAUAGUGUCUCUGAUACUACAAACAAUGCACAAGACACAACAAUAAUAAAAAAAGCUACACCCAUGAAGAAGUCAUUUUCCUGUUUAUUUUGUUCAAAAAAGUUUCAUAGCUCACAAGCUUUGGGUGGUCAUCAAAAUGCUCACAAAAAAGAAAGAACCGCAGCAAGAAAGGCUAAAAGGGCAGCAUCUAAAGCUUCAUUACUAUCACAACCUUCAUUGUUGUUUGCACCUUCAAAUGGGAUUCUUGAUCCAUCUUUCUACAUCAAUGCUCAUGCAGUCAACUCUUGUCCAUUUACAAGUCAACAGUAUUUCUACAGUGUCAACAACAUGAAUCAGAAUCUUUAUAAUCAAGGAUAUGGUCAACAACAUAGUUUGUUUAUGUAUGAAGGUUCAUUACAAUAUGUUAAGAACCAUAAGAGCAACUUUGAUGGGGAUAAAGAUUCACAAAAGCUUGAUCUUUCACUCCAUUUAUGAGUAGAGAUCAAAAGUUUCAUACAAGAGAUUGUUUGGUUUAUGUUGUAGAAGAUUAAAGGGCAAACAUGUGUGACAUCUAAGACUUGUAAGAUUUUGAGGAUAUAUUUAAUUAAUAUAUAUGGAAUUAUGGGUAGGGGAC